AAAAGCUCUUUCUCUUUCUCCUAACCGAAAAAAAAAAAACCCUCUGUAUCUCCACCCUCAUCAACCAUGGCGACCACCGCUCGCCCAUCGCGGCCGCCGACCUCCGCCGCGUCUCUCGCGAGAUCGCCUUCGCCGUGCACCAGAUCAUCCUCAACGGUGCCGCCCUCCGCCGCAUGGUCAGCCACCCGCAAGCCAUGGGAGGUCCCCUGCACCGCCGAGGCCGCACGCCUCCUCGCCUGCGGCGUCCCCCCCCCAACACCGCCGUCGUCGGUAGCCGUGAUAGGCGACCCACGAGUUCGGCCUCCGCCUCCUCGACGCGCACCUCGUCUUCGUGCGCCGCGUCAGCGGCACCGCCGCGUUUGGGCGCAACGCCGACCGUGGCCUCGUCCUCACCCUCACCUUCAUCGCCUACGCCCGCCAUCCACGCCUACCGCGCCCAGAUCGAGGCCGAGCCCACCAACAUCUGUGGCGGCAUCCUCUACUUCCUCUUUGCCUCUCCCUCUCCACGUUCUUGUACAUGGCCCUCCUCGUCACCGCUCACCAGCCGUUGCAUCUCGCGCACCACCAGUGGAUCCUUGAUCCCCCACGACGAAGACGAUAGCAUGUUGCAGCAGCCAGCUACGGGCGAGACGCGGCGGCUACACCGCGUGAGCCGCGUUUUCGACGCCGCGGGGCUCUGCGUGAAGGCGCACUAUGCGAAGCUCUGCCAGGCGCUGGCAGGGUCGGCGGCGGUCAACUUGCCGAAAUCGUUAGUGGAGGCAUCGGUCCAGGCUGUAGCGCUCAAGACGGAGCACGCGCAGGCAGUGGCGGCCCCAGCUGCCGAGAAGGUACUGCAGAACGUCCUGCAGUCGUGCCACGACAGCUAUGGAUCGGCGGCGGACGCGCUGCAGAAUGCACUGCGAUUGGUGCGCGACGGUGGACGGCCCGCGGACAUCAACAACGAGCUCUCGGCCGCCAGCACAGACUCGUUCGACGAGUUCCCGGACGUCGACGGCUCGACCCUCGCAAACAUGCAGACCAAUCUCAGCAGGCUCGUCAGCAACAGCCUCAACCUCACUACCGUCAACUUCAAGAUCUUCUAUCUCAAGAUAAAGAGCGAUUACCACCGCUACCUAGCCGAGUUCAAGGCCGGGGCCAAGCGCAAGGAGGCCGCCGAGAACACCCUCGCCGCCUACAAGGCCGUUCAGGAUAUUACUCUGACGGAGUUGGCACCGACGAAUCAUGCAUACCAAUUGUUUGAUGAAAUGCCUAAGAUGUAAUAUUGACGGCGAACCCAAUCUGUACAUAAAGAGAGAGAGCGGUGCUCUUCUCUUUAUAAAAAAUGUCUUAUCAAAAGAGAAUGAGCGGUGC